GGGAAGCUCUCAGGUUAAGUUGAACUAGUUAUUGGUCAAUGUCUCGCUCUUGGUCUCUUCCCUUUUUAACUUCUCAUCAAGGUGACGAGAAACAGGGUAAAUAUGCGCUCAUAAUCCUCAAUCAACCAUUUAGCUUUGCACUGUUACGCCGACUGUGGAAUGCCAGUCAAUGGCGAUGUUGUGCAGACGGUGGUGCAAACAGACUGCAUGACACUCUGACUGCACACAAAGAUAUAGAAGGAUCUCAAGACCUGCAUAAAAACUACCUGCCAGAUUUGAUCAAAGGAGACCUAGAUUCUCUAAGAGACGACGUAAGAGUGUACUACGAGACUACGGGCAUUCCUGUGGUACAAGACCACGAUCAGGAUUCUACAGAUUUGAUGAAAUGUGUAGAAGCUCUAACCGAGAAAGAGCGCAUCGAAGGUGGAGACCAAUAUGAUAUUAUUAUUCUAGGUGGUCUUUCGGGCCGUCUUGACCAGACGGUCCACACAUUGUCAUAUCUGCAUAAACUUCGCAAAACUCGCCAUCGUGUAUUCGCAGUAUCCGAUGAAAAUGCUGCAUGGCUUCUAGAUGAAGGAGAGCACCAUAUUAACAUUGAUCACGACGCAUUCGGUCCAACAUGUGGUCUGCUGCCUGUUGGAAUAGACUAUACGAUUCUUUCCACUAGUGGUCUGCGAUGGAACCUUACCGACACGAAGUCACACUUUGACGGUAUGGUUUCCACAUCAAACCACUUGGUUCCAUCAGAGCCAGUUGUAACGAUACAGACAAGCAAACCCCUCUGGUGGACGAUGGAAUUACGAGCGAAGAACCUUGAGUCAUAGCUGUGUCUUCCUUAUGCAGCUAGGUAUCCCGUAGAUCGCCAUUAGAUUAUAUCAUAUCUAUGUCCUGAGUCUUGUCACUACUUUCGCACUCUAGUCAUCGCCUUUCUCCUCUUGUACCCUUUACCCAAUACACCUUUCGGAGCAUACGCAGGACACAGGAUGUCUUCUGAGUC